AUGGCUCUUCGCAACGUCAAGAACCUCGUCCCCCUCCUGGAUCGUGUCUUGGUUCAGCGCAUCAAGCCCGAGACCAAGACCGCCAGCGGCAUCUUCCUGCCCGAGAGCACCGUCAAGGAGAUCAACCAAGCUACUGUUCUCUCCGUUGGCCCUGGCGCUCUUGACCGAAAUGGAAACAAGAUUCCCAUGAGCGUUGCUAGCGGUGAUAAGGUCUUGAUUCCUCAGUUCGGUGGUAGCCCCGUCAAGGUCGGCGAGGAGGAGUACACCCUUUUCCGGGAUUCCGAGAUCCUUGCUAAGAUCAACGAGUAA